AUGAGUAAUAAUCCUCUUCAAGGUUUAGUGUAUAGAGCAACUGAUUCUAAAAAUCCGACUGAUGAUUGGGAUUCAAUAAUGCAAUUAUCUGAUUUAUUAUGUCAAAAUCCUGAUGAAAAUACAAAAUUAAUUCUUCCUUUGCUUAAUGGUCGUCUUCGAGAUACAAACAGUGCAACUGUUUUAUAUUCAUUAACUCUUGCAGAUGCUCUCAUGAAGAAUACUAGUGAUUUUGUUAAACAACAAUUCCUAAGAUCUGAUUUUCUUACAAUUAUUAAUAAUUUAUCAACUAGAUCAAGUGAUCAACAAGUUAGACAAAAAGCAACUGAAGUUAUGAAUGAAAAUCAAAUUCCACAAGCAUCACAAACUAUUCAACAACAAUCACCCCCUGUGAGUCAACCAAGAACAGUUCCUCAACCAAUGCCAGUUUCUCAACCACUUUCGACCAAUACAAAACGUUCAACUACUAGAAAACUUGCAACCUAUCAAGAAAAGAUGGAUAAUGAUUUGAAUGUCGUUAGAGAAAAUGUUGCUUUAUUGAAUGAAUUGGUUACUGCUUCUUCAUCUCCUGGCGAAUUAAGACAAGAUGAUACUGCAGCUCAAUUAAGAGCUAAUUGUGAAGAAAUGAGUAGAAGAAUUAUUGGACUUAUUGAAAUGAUUCCAGAGGAACAAGUUCUUUUAAAAUUAUUGGAAGUUCAUGAAAAUUUAAACAAUUCAACACAAAGAUAUGAUAAAUUCAUGACAUCUGGCCAAAAGGAAGCAGUUAAGCUUGCUAGUCCAACAACUGGUAAUAAUUCAUCUGCACCUCCUCUUUCUCCUCAAGUUUCUCAAGGAUUUGGAGCAUUAGCAAAUAGAAAUAAUCAACCAAAUGUAAAUAGAAAUCCACCAACCAAACCAAAUAAUGGAGCAUUAUCAUUGGAUGAUUUUCUUGGAACAAAUAGUACUCCUAUUCAACCACAAUCUAAUCCUACUCCUGUUGUCAAUCCUAAUGUUAACUCAAAUCAAAGGACACCAUUAUCAUUGGACGACUUUUUAGGACUUCCAGUUCAACCAUCCCAACCACAACCAUCCAUUCCUCAAAACAGUUAUGCUCAACAACAACCAACUCACUACAAUCCAAAUCAACAACAACAAUUCAAUAAUCCACCACCUUCAUAUGAAUAUAGUAAUAAUCCAUAUGCUGAUACAAUGGAAAGAGAAUUUUCAAGACUCAAUGCUCCACAACAACAGCCUCAACAACCAAACAACAACACCAUGUAUCCAAAUGUUGGAUAUAACCCUUAUUCAUCCUCAUCAGAUCAAAUCGAUCCGAAUGAUCCUUUCGGCGUUUCUAAACAACAAUCUCAACCUCAAGAAGGUGGUUUUGCUGCUUUAGCCCAUAGAAAGAAGAAUUAA